ACGACACCAGCACACUGAAUGCACGUGUGCAUGGAGUUGGGCCACUCAAGUGUCUCAAGUAUACAUUUUUAUAUUUGAUUUAUAAUGGAACCAACACAGCAAAUAAGUCUCAAUUUUGUAUCCUAGAUACAACACUUUGCCGUGAGUCGGCGGUUUAUGCUGAAAAUCAUUUUACGAUGCUUUGCGUGACCAGUAUUCUUGACGAGAUUCUAGUAACCGACGAUCUUGCACAGAAAAUACUGUUUUCCAGUGAAGUGCAGGGGUAAUACAAUAUCAGUGUUGUUGAAUUACUGUAAACUGUUUUUCGUUAUUUGUCAUAACUUAUUUAUUAAAAUAAGUUUAUAUAUUUUGUUUAUCAAGCAUAGUUCAGUGUAAAUGGACGUCCAAUUAAUUUAGUCGGGCACUGUCAAGCGAAGUGGCUAAUGCGAGUUUGCUUGAGCCUGCUAACGAGAGCUGUUGGCUAACACGUUAGCAGCUACCAACUUAGCCAUCAUUUUUUCACAGCCGGGUAGGCUAACGGUAACGUACUAUAGCUCGGCGCCGACCACUCAAGUGAAGGACGGAAGAUAAAUGUCCACGAAAUAUGGAAGUAAACGUGUUACCUAAAGUAGAUGGCUUAGUUUGUUAACGUUAACUUACUAGUAUAGAGUCGAGAUUUAAAUAAUGGCUGCCAAGAAAGAGAAAGACCAAGAUCGUGACUUUACAAAAAUUACACCUGUGCUACUGAAGUCCACAGCGGGGGAAUUUGAGCUGGAGUCAAUCUUGUUCCUUAAACUCAGAAAUCUUGGCAUAUUUGAUCUUGGAUGUGUAGGCGAAUGCAAAAGCCUGGAGAGACUGGACCUCUCAGGGAAUAACAUCACAAAUUUAACUCCCCUAGCCUCUCUCCGACUGCUCCUAGUGCUUAAUCUGUCUUCUAAUCGGAUUUCAAAUUUAGAACCCAUUUCCAACUGUGACAGUCUACAGAGCCUCAAUGUUGCUGGUAACCUUAUUAGCAGUAUUGACAACCUCAAGUGUCUGCAGUCUCUAAGGCAAAUGGAAAGCAUUCGUCUAAAGGAUAACACUUAUAAUUACACAAAUCCAGUUUGCAAGAACUCUUCAUAUAGAAACAUACUUCUUGAAAUUUUUCCAAACCUGAAGGCGGUGGAUGGUGAAAGAGUGGUUGGACAGGGAAGUGAUCUGUAUCAGCUGUGCAAAGACAUUGAUGACACUAUUAAAGCUGGCAUGUUAAAAAAUGGACAGAUUCAAGAACUCCCCGAGUGCAAGCCAUGGGUUGAAGAUGGUUUCUGGGAAAUAAAGAGAUCGAACAAUGCUAUCAUUGAAGAAGCCUGUAAACAGUUCAAUGAUAUUCUGAGUGAAUGCCGACUCCUGAACCACAAAGCUGCUCAUGUGAUCACCCAGACUGAGAGGACCCUGAGCAGCAGCGCCCAGCCAAAGCAGUAUACUGUGUGAAAAUGGCUGAGCUACACACCCGUCUGUAAAAAGGCAUUGGAGCUUAUGUCGUGUUUUGUACCAUGAGGGAUUUGGUUUAUCAUCAGUACAGGAAUCCUAGAAUUCCAUUUUUCUGCAGAGUCCUGGCUGCUUGUGUGUGUGUGUGUGUGUGUGUGUGUGUGUGUGUGUGUGUGUGUGUGUGUUAUUUACCUUUUGUACCUUUUUUAUUGUGAUGGUGUUUGGGUGUUUAUUUUGCACACAAAGCACAGUAAAACAACCAAUUGUUCCUAUGUAUGCUGCUAUUUAGAUAUGGACCUGCUUUUGUAUAUUAAUGUCUUUGUUUGUUUAUGGACAGUGGUAAAGUUUGUCAGUAUUUAUUAACUGCAUUGAUUUUACUGCUGUCAUGUCUUAAGUGAGGUGUAUGUCAUGGUUUCUGCAGAAUGCAGAUGUUAUAGGUGAAGUGAGUCUGUUGCGUAGACCUGUGCUUAAUAUGUAUGGCCAACGUUAUGAAUACUGAAUGAAGAUGUUCAAUUAAAGCUUGUGUUCAGUUUGA